GAGAUACCUUUAAAUUCCAAACAUCAUCUGUCUGAGUCGAGUAAGUUCUCACCUAUCCCAAUUGAGUUCAUAUUCAAUCGAUAAACACCUGCUAACUUCAUAUAUCAAGUAAACAUUUGCAAUGGCUGCUUCUCUUCUUCGUACUUCUACUGCUCGCUCGGCUAUGCGCGCAGGAGCUUCGGCUUCUCGUGCUGGUCUUGCUGGAACCAGCUUUGUCCGUACCAAAGUCACUCUUCCUGAUCUAUCAUACGACUACGGAGCCCUUGAACCCUCCAUCUCCGGCAAAAUCAUGGAAAUCCACCACAAGGGCCACCACAACGUCUACGUAAACGGCUACAACACCAACAUCGAAAAACUUCAAGAAGCACAAGCCAAAAACGACAUUGCAGCCCAAAUCGCCCUCAAACCACUCAUCAACUUCCACGGUGGUGGUCACCUCAAUCAUUCCCUGUUUUGGGAGAACUUGGCGCCCAAGAGUGCCGGUGGUGGUGAACCUCCCUCUGGUACUUUGGGUAAGGCUAUUGAUGAUACGUACGGUAGUUUUGGGGAGUUUCAGAAUAAAUUCAAUACUGCUCUUGCGGGGAUUCAGGGGAGUGGUUGGACCUGGUUGGUGAAGGAUAAGGAGACGGGCGGUAUUUCUAUCAAGACUUAUGCUAACCAGGACCCUGUCGUCGGUCAAUACGUUCCUCUCCUCGGUGUCGAUGCCUGGGAGCACGCUUACUACCUCCAAUACCAGAACCGCAAGGCCGAGUACUUCAAGGCUAUCUGGGAGGUCCUCAACUGGAAGGCUGCUGAGAAGCGUUUCGGCGCUUAAAUCAGCUAUUUACUAGCGUUGGGUAAUCAGCGCAAGAUAUUGAUAGCUACCUCGUAACUACAGAAGUUGUACAUACAUUGUGAUGUACUCAGUACACGUGUGUUAAGAUAGUUAAUAUAAACGCUUGCUUCAUUUAUAGAU